AUGGCUCGAAAGUAUGAAGACAUUGAACGGGAGAUUCGCCGAAUUGAAGGACAACUGUUGGUCGCCAAACAAAUCUGCCGAGAAAACCUUAAAGAAAUAAACCAUCUGAAGAAACAACAAGAAAAUGAUCCGAUUGUCGAACAAACAAAUCAUCUUCUAUCACUGAAAUCUCUAAAUUCUGAUCAACAUGCUGAUCAAUUCAACAAUUUACUUCGUCUAGUUCAUGAACAACAAGCAACUUCAUCUGAAAAGACUAUACAAACUGAAGAAAAAAAUGCAGACGAAAAUGACUUGUUAGUUGAUCUCUCAUCGAAUAUCACUGAGCUGGAAUCAUUAUUUGAUUAUGCAAAAACUCUUCUCACUCAACCGGUUACAUCGAUCCAUAUGCUCAACAAUACUCUUCCAUUACACGAUAUUACUACAGAUCUCUCCACCACCCGUCGUUUAUCAACAAAUUCUAUUCAAAUCACUGAUCUUCAACAACGCGUAGAUCUCAUGCAUCAACGACUAGCAAAUCUCGAUCAAUGUGAUGAUUGCUUAGUACAAUAG